AUGACAGAAAGCUCCAGCUGGGCAGGAUCACGCUGUGGAGGGGACAGCACUCACAGCCUGAAUUUGGGGAGCUUAACUAGGGCAUCCAGUCAGAAUUCGGAGCUGGCCAAACAAGUGUAUGAGCAGAGCCGGGUGAAAGGAAUACUGCUCUAUAUGAUGGGACCAUGUGGCCCUGGUGCCACAUUGCCCAAGAGUGAAUCUGAUGAGUUCUCAGACCUGGCCUCGGAUCUGGACUUUGAUGAACUGGCUUCAGAAUGUUGUAAGUUGGAGGGAGUGUCCAGUGCAGAUGAGUCCACCAGAGAUGCCAGAACAGCAAGUGUAAGUAGUAAGACAGAGAAUAAACAGCAAAAUCACAAACCAGCAUUACCUGGCAGGCCUCAGGGUCACUCUUUUGUCGUAUCAGGUGACAAGGGUGAUUUCCGAUGUAACAACACACAGACUGAUAUUCUUGGUGUACACAACGGUAGCAGAACAAAAUCCUGUUUCUAUGAUGCCCGGUCUAAUACAGAAGCUUCAGAUCAAACAAUGACAUUCACGAACCAGCAAAGAGCUGGCUGCUUACCAUCACAGCUUGAAUAUACAAAUAAGCCGGUUUCACUACAAAACUUGGACAUUAUUUCUGAAAAUGACAUACCUUUUACAGGAAAUCCCAACUUGCAGAAGCAUUUGGACAAUGUUCUAAUCCCUCCACAAUUGUUAAAUCCACAUAAAGAUGAAGUUCACAGUUCGAUGGCUUCAACAGAUGUUGCAACUAACCCAGCAAGUACAGUUCUUUGUUCAAGAAAUGAGUCCUAUCAUUCUGUCAAUGAAGGAAUAACCUGCAGUGAUUCAGCAUCUCAGGUUGAGUCUAUGGACUUUCUCCCAACAGGCACCAUGACUCACUCAGCUCCAGUAAUGGAUCUAGCAUCGCUGGCUAGUGACGCAACAAGAGGACCUCAUCAUCUGUCAUCUGUAAACAUGUUACAUUCUAAUACAUUAUCACAUUCAACUAACUACAUUACGGAGGAACCACUGAGUUCUGAAUCUGAGGAUGACAUUGAUUCAGGCUCAACAUUAUCCACCUCGCAAGCUUGCAAUGACAGUAGCACUUCUACCACUGAAGAUAUGAACGAAACAGAACAAGCUGUGCCCGCUGUUAAACCGGCAGACUUUCAAAGUAUAAAGAGACAGAAGAUGAGACCGCCAGCUAUAGACUGGUCGCCUGUUAUUGACUUAUCCCCAAUCCAGGAUGUGUCACCUUCAGUAGAAGAGGCUGAGCAGGAAGACAUGUUAGCAAAACAGUUGGAAGAAUUACACAGACAAAGAUUACGAAAUCUGUCUGCUGAGAUUAUUGACCUUGACAGCAAUGAGUCUGAAAAUUUACAAGAUAAUAAUUUGACAGAUUUCAAAACACUGAAGCUAACAAACACAUUCCCUUCUCAACUGCUUCAGCAUGCAUUGUCACCCACCAACAGAUUUCAAGAGGAGGAGCAUACAGAUGAUGAUGAGAAGAACAAUCAGAAUGAAGCUGAGUUGCCAGAUGGUAACAGUCCAUUCAUCGGUACCCUUAAGAGGUGUAAUAACUGUGAAGAUAUUAGCAAAUUAGAUAGUGACUCACCUUAUGCGGAUCAUGUCUGUGAUCUUGACAAUCUGGGGCAGUUGGAGGAUGAUAAUGUGAUCAGCGAUAUUUCUUUUUAUUCCUGUACAACACAGCCACAGAUAUUACCCCCUUAUAGUACACAUAUUUCUGUCAGUUCAUCAGCAUUUGAAGCACUGUCUAAUAGCUUACAGGAGAACAUGGAGUAUGAGCAAGGAACCAAACAAAUAAAAUAUCUGGAGAAUUUUAUAACAGAUGAAAUACACAAAAUUACAGAGGAUAUGGAGAACAUAGUUCAACAGGAUUACUUGGAAGAAAAACCUAUUCCCCCUCCAAAACCAAGGAGGAAGCUUCCAGACCCAGAAUUUAUGGGGUCACCGUCAGAAGACAAGUUUGUUUCAGAAGGCAUCGAGAAUAUACUCUCUUUCAGGAUUAAGCCAUGUGAACUCAGUGAGAAAAUGGAGUCUAGCGUGAGAAACUCUUAUGUGAAGAUGGAAUGUAGUAUGAGAAACUCUACUUCAGAGAUUUCCACUGAUAAAUGCUUGCAAAGACAGGAUUCCCCUGAAAAGAAGAAAGCAAAAGACAUGAAAGCCAAGCCAAGUCCUCUGUUGGUGCAGCACAUUGAAUCAGAAGAGCAAGUUGUGUCUCCUCAUUAUAAAGUCAUGGAAUCACCCCCGACUCCUGAAACCAAAACCACCAAAAGAGAGUUCUUUGUUGGUAGGUCAGUGUCUCCUAACUCCUCCAGUAGAUCAGUCUCCCCAAAAUCCUCUCCUGACCUUGAUGUAUAUACUUAUUUAUCUCCUGUCACAUCUCCUGACUCAGACUCCUCUCCACCCCAGCCCCUCUCCCCAUCACUAUUUAGAACAGAUUCCACUGACAGAGAUUCAAAGCUGGCAUUCUGUGAUAGCAACUCAAUCAACUCUUACGUCAGCCCGUGCACUGAUUCAAUUCCUUACAGUAAUGGUGUAUAUUCUCGCUUGCCUAAAACCAUGGAUCCUGUUAACGAAAGUGUUCAUAUAGUGGAAUUUCCUCAGAAGGAGGGCAAUCAAAAGAAAGGCACAUCAGACAAAACAGUAAAACCCCCAAUUUCACCCAGAAAAAGUCUCAGAAUAGUUAAAGAUCAGACCACAAGCAGCAAUAAAUGUCCGAUAUAUGAAAAUGUUGAAGAAUUCUUUGCUUUGGAGCUCUUGCAAAAUGAAAAACACAGAAAAUCUCUUUGUGGUAAAGACUCUGAAAAAUGUGCCACCUUUGAAGAUAUACUGAAUCUAGAUAAACAACCUCAAGAAAUUGCUCAGUAUGCAGAAAUCUUCACCUACCCUGUGAUUGGUGAGUUUCCUGGACACUUUAGAAGCAAUUCAGUUCCCUGCAUGGAUGCCCAGCAGCUGUCUCGAACGAGCCCUUGUUUGGAACAUGUCUUACACCAACAACCUGCAUCUAGAAACCAUACCCAGAACAGUGUAGGUGAAAGGACAACAGGAGUUAAAACAAAGAUACAAGCAUUGGAAGAGGUAAUGAAAAUGGUGUAUUUCUGUAUCACCCCCAGAUCACAGUAUCUGUUUACCUGA